AGUAAUGUUGGCUGUCAGUACGUAAUGGCCGACUCAGUUUUCUUUCCGUGACGUCUAAGGACUUUGGGGAGGGAAGGCUCAGUUUCUGUUAUUAUUAUUGUCGAAUAACUAAACUUCUGCAGUUUAAAGAACCUUCUACUGUUCCCCGCCAUCUGGGCGUAUUCAAAACCACGGGAAGUUUUUUUUGGACUGUUCAAGUGUAAUUAGGUUUCUUCGUUAUAGGUUCGUCUCACUGAUUCGUACUCUCACCGCUCCCCAAUGUUUACUGGGACGUUGAAAGUGAAACUGGUCGAAGCAGUGGACUUGAGGCCGACGGAUUUCCAACGCCGUCAUAAUGUUGGGUUGGCCGGGAAACUGGUGGAAAACACCAUGGAUCCUUAUGUCUUUAUUGACAUUGAUGAGGUCCAUGUCCAUCGGACCACCACUAAACAGAAGACCUUUUGCCCUACGUGGAAUGAGACCUUCCAGUCAGAGGUUCAAUCAGGCACCAACUUAGGCCUCACUGUUUUUCAUGAUGCAGCCAUACCACCAGAUGAUUUUGUCGCAAAUUGCAGCAUCUCAUUUGAUGAGUUGAUUAACAUCACCAAAGAUGCAAAUUCUGACAUUUGGGUGAAUUUGGAACCACAAGGAAAGAUCCACUUGGUUGUUGACCUCGAACAAGAUGCGUGUGGAAGCACUAGCAACGAGAAGCCGCGCGAAUUUAAGGAACGGCAGGGUUUAAACCGACGGCGUGGAGCCAUGCGUCGCCGAGUUCACCAAGUUAACGGCCAUAAAUUCAUGGCCACUUUUUUACGACAGCCAACUUUUUGUUCUCACUGCAGAGACUUCAUCUGGGGGCUUGGCAAGCAAGGAUACCAGUGCCAAGUUUGUACUUGUGUUGUGCACAAACGUUGCCACGAGCUUGUAGUCACUCGCUGCCCAGGAAUCAAAGACACCACCCAAGAAGAGCCGGCCAUCGGUCAACGAUUCAGUUUGAAUGUGCCACACCGUUUUGUUGUACAUAACUAUAAGCGAUUCACUUUCUGCGAUCACUGCGGUUCUUUACUCUACGGUCUUAUAAAACAGGGCCUCCAAUGUCAAGCAUGCAACAUGAACGUCCACAAACGAUGUCAAAAGAAUGUAGCAAACAACUGCGGUAUCAACACCAAAGAAAUGGCUGAGAUUCUCAACGCCAUUGGCGUCAACACAAAGAUCAAUCAACGGAAGAAAAAGGCUUCCAUCAUUGAAUCGACUGGGAGUGGUGGAAGCUGUUCUUCAAUGAUGUCUGCUGCCUCGCUACCAAUUAUGGAAUCGGACGAGAUGGGUUCAUCUGGUUUGGGCAGUUCUGCCAUAAGCGGUUCGAGCUCCGAGUGCAGCGACACUGACCGCUCUUCCGCCCGUCCCGAUCAGGAGGAAGAGAUGAAGUUGCGGAUUCUUGCCCAGCACGCCAUGAAUGAGAAAUUGAACGAGAAGAUGAAGGAGCACAAGGACACGAAGCACGCUGCCGCUGCAAAACAGUCGGCAUUAGAUACGUUGAUUGAUCGCGGAAGCCGGGACGGCAAGAAAAUUGGAUUGGAUGAAUUUCAUUUCAUCAAGGUUCUCGGGAAAGGAAGUUUUGGCAAAGUGAUGCUGGCCGAGUUAAAGGGUACCGACGAAGUCUACGCCGUUAAGGUGCUCAAGAAGGACGUGAUUCUGCAAGACGACGAUGUCGAAUGCACAAUGACAGAAAAGCGCAUUCUUGCUCUGUCGGCUAAACACCCUUUUCUCACUGCCCUGCACUCUUGCUAUCAAACCAAGGACCGUUUGUUUUUUGUCAUGGAGUACGUCAACGGGGGUGAUUUGAUGUUCCAAAUCCAAAGAGUCCGCAAAUUUGACGAGCCUCGGGCUCGAUUUUACGCGGCCGAGGUGACGCUAGCCUUGCAGUUUCUUCACCGUCAUGGUGUCAUCUAUCGUGAUCUGAAAUUGGACAACAUUUUGCUGGACAGCGAAGGUCAUUGUAAAAUAGCCGAUUUUGGCAUGUGCAAAGAGGGCAUUGUCGACAAUGUUACCACUAACACGUUCUGUGGCACACCCGACUAUAUUGCUCCCGAGAUCCUUCAGGAGCUGCCGUACGGAGCAACGGUCGAUUGGUGGGCCCUGGGAGUGCUCAUGUACGAAAUGAUGGCCGGGCAACCUCCAUUCGAAGCCGACAACGAGGAUGACCUCUUUGAAUCGAUUUUGCACGAUGACGUUCUUUACCCAGUCUGGCUGUCCAAAGAGGCCGUCUCCAUUCUAAAAGGGUUUAUGACGAAAAACCCGUCGAGACGACUAGGUUGUGUGGGAAGCCAAGGCGCCGAAGCGGCCAUCAGAAUCCAUCCGUUCUUCAAAGAUAUCGAUUGGGAGUCUUUGGAGGCUAGGAAAGUUAAGCCGCCAUUCCGACCCAAAAUCAAAAGCCGAAGAGACGCCCUGAAUUUCGACAGUGAAUUCACCAAGGAAGAUCCCAUCUUGACACCCAUUAACCACGAAGUUGUCCGAGCCAUCAAUCAGGAUGAAUUCCGCGGAUUCUCUUUCGUCAAUCCCGAUUACAUCCCACACCGCUUGUUGUCGGCCUAAGGAACAAAAAAAACAAAAUUUGGGACAAAAACAAAACUAAAACAAAAAGGGAAACGGUCGAAACAAAAAUCGCACAAGAAAAUGUCACCCACCAUGAUCCCACCUUUUCUUUUUUGGUUUACCUUUAGUUAUCCCUUCUUCCCGCCCUCCUUGUAAUUGAGCUGAUGUUUUCAGCUCGCGGCCUAACACCUCUAUAGCAUUUAUUUCACAGAGGAAAGCGAUAAGAAAAAGAAAAAAAAACCUUGGAUUUUUUUGGUUGAGUUUGCCAUCCAAAGAGGGUCAUUUAUUAAAAACAAAACACACAAAAAAAAAAUUAAAUAAUACUCUCAUUUUAUGCUCUCUUUCCCCCCCACUCCAAAUCUCCUCCCUUUUCUUGAUGACAAAAAAAACUUAACAGCAACAUACUAAAAAAAAAGGAAAAAAUGGCUGCACGUUUCGCUCUCAAUGCCAAAGAAUAUUCGUUAAACCAGCGAAGAUAGCAAGUAUUUAAUCUCUCGUGUUCUUUCUCUCCAUCUCUUCAAAUUUCUUUUCUCUUCUAUAAAACAACUAUAGGUCUGUUGACACCUCCCUCCUCUCGUGUAGGCAAGGAGGAAAGAAACUCGCGUGCAAUUUAUCUGGCCCUUAUCCCCUGCCUCACUCUUAUUUUGGUUCCCAAGCUGUUUCAGUCAUUUGUUUUGGUUCUACCGCUCCAUCUCUCUGUAUGUUGUUGCAAAAGUCUUUGUUUGUUUGUUUUUUAAUUUUUUUGUUCUCUCUCUUUCGUUAGGUGCAAGUCUCUUAGCCGUUUUGUGUUGUCUUGAGUUUCCAUCACAAACCCUCUUUACAUUAAUCUUUGUUGAUUGUUUUUUUUUUCUCUCGGAGCAGAAGAGUUUACAUCAGCGAAUGAGUUUAGUUUCGAGUCGGACGAAAAAGUUGUGUAACUGAAUUUGAUCCAACUCGGUCGGAGUUGUUGUUGCUUUUCAGCCAUCUCUCAGCUAUGAGCUCUCUGAUUGGCUUAUUUUUUAAUGUGUUGAGGAAUCACAAAGUUUGAUUGAAAUUUGAAAAAAAAAAAGAAGGAAAAAUGACUGAAGUGAGGAAACUGCUCGCGCACGAUUAACAACGCACAUUUUUUUUUUCUGAAGGGUCUGUUUUUCGCUAUGAACAGAGCGUGUGGACGUUCCUCGUUCUUUUCUCGAUUAAAGAUAAUGUUUCGUUUUCUUUCUUUUCUCAUUGGCCACAAAGUUCGACUGCCAUUUGAUGCUGCCCUCCUGUUUCCCCCCCAUUUUCUAUUAUGUCUUGAUUUCGUUCCGGAAAUUAUUCGCUCUCUCGUUCUCCCAGCGUUUCCUCUCUGUCUCUCUUAAUUUUUUAAUUACUAUGCCCAACCACCGCGUUAGAAAAAUGUAUCGAUGAUCCCAUUGAGGAAUAGCGUGCGUUGGCUUUUUCACGAUUCUUGAUUAAUGGAUUCUUUCGGAUGGCAUUGUAUUCGAUUCCGACCUUUUCCUCUGCGCCUCAUUUAUUACCCUUCUUCCCUACGUUUUUGUUGUUUCGUUUCUCGACCCCUCGUCUCACAAAAUGUGUUGGUCAGUUUCCUCUCAUUGGUCGUCGUGUUACGGAUUUAAAUAUGAUGUUGGAUAUCCUUAUUUAUUUUAUUUUCACCACGGAAAUAACUGGGUUCAUAAUUUCUCUUUCGUUCUCUUUUUUUUCUGGCUCUCAAACUAACCGAAACUCUUUUUAUCUCUCUGUCAUCUCAUCUGGAUGAAGUGAAAACGAUGGAACACUCUCCCUCGAUCAUUUUCCCUCCUUCCUCCGCAAUGCAAUCGUUAUUAUUAUUAUUAAAAAUGCUGUCUUGUCUUUAUUUAUCUGCCUCUCAUCCUCUCUAUCUCUCUCAUCCACCCAGAUUUUUCGUUUAUAUACGAGAGCGCAAUCUAAGGAGAGUGCGCCCUUGGUCCCUGUUGCUUUGUUACAAUUAAAUUUUUUUUUUUCGUCGCUCUCUCCUUUCUGCAUGGCUAGUCAGAAUCAUUCUCUUCUUCAUUUUGUUUUUUAUUUCCAUUUUAUUGUUUCCAUUUUUUCCCUUUAUUUAUUUAUUAUUAUUAUUAUUAUUAUUAUUUUUUUUUUUUUUGCUUUGUAUGGAAAAUAUGGAACUGCGAAAAUUCCUGGAAUUUGGAACAAAGUCUGUAUGUUCGCCA